AUGCAGACGCUCUUGUACGACGUCCGCGACGUCGAGUACAUGGCGAUCUACGACACUGCCGUGCAGCACAUUCCUCUGCGCAAGGACCUCGCGCACCUCCGCCCGCCGCCGCCUCGGCUCACGGACAAGCGCGACAUCUUUGUCGGCGUCGCCGCCUACCGCGACGGCUUCAAGUGCGGGUUCGCGCUCUGGACGGCCUUUUCGCGCGCGGUCCACCCUGAGAACGUCUUCUUUGGCAUUGUAGACCAGACACUGGACGAUGAUAUUGCCUGUAUUGACGCCUACUGCGCACGCGCGCAUGAGACGUGGCCACACGAGGCGUGCCGAUACAAAUCGCAGAUCACGAUCGACGCGCGGUCAGCGGCAACCUCGAAAGGCCCGACACUCGCCCGCGCGCAGCUGCACGCGCUCCUUGGCGAUCAAGAAUUUGGCAUGAUGAUCGAUGCGCACGUGCAGUUUACUCGAAAUUGGGACGACGUGGUCAUUGCCGAGUGGGCCGCGGCCAAGAACGAGAUGGCCGUGCUCUCCCACUAUCCGCUCGGCUACGAGCACCUCUCGGCCAACGCGACGUUCGAUGGCAACUAUGGCUCCCACGUGUGCAACUACAAGCCGCGCGCGGCCGCCAACGCCGUCAUCUACUACUCGGGCAUCCUUCUUGCGGAGCACUUGGAGCGUCCGCUCUUGUCCGUCUCGUGGGCCGGUGGCUUUUCGUUUAUGAAGAGCCAUGCGUGGCGCCGGGCCCCCGUCGACCCGUACAUGAACUGGGUCUUUUAUGGCGAAGAGGUGCUGCAUGCGUUCCAGCUCUGGACGCGGGGGUACGAUCUCUACUCGCCGAGCCAGUUCGGCAACGUCGUCUUUCACAACUGGACCGACGACGGCCACAAGCACCGCUUCUCGGACAACGUCACGCGCCUCAUGACGCAAGCCGAGCACGACCGCGAGGAAACCAUGGCGUACAACCGGCUCCGCCUCCUGUUUCAGCAGUCGUUUGCCGGCGACGUCGACGCGCGGGAGAUCGACAA